CCUUCAAUCAACCGUUCGUUUCUUUGGUUUUCUUUGAUGGUGGGUCUUGUAUAUAGGAAUUGUUUGGGGAUAUUCCUGUUUUGAAAGAGGGACCUCCCAAUCGUCCUCGAAAAAAAAUUGAUUUGCCCUAUCCGUAAAUCACGAUGCCGUCCAGUGGCAUUUGACUGUAUGGAUCCUUCGCCUCCACCGAGCCAGCCCCCUAGCCCCCCUCCUCGUGCGCAGACGGGCCCUGCAGGAGAACGCAGCGCCCGCAUCUCGUUCGUUUCGUGCUCAGGUCCGCUCCAUCUUUUGCGACUCCUCCACCUGAUUCAGAAUCAUGUUCGCCACCGCCUCCCCCCGGCCUUCCUCCAGGACCAAGAACAUUUUUCCGCCGCCCCUGGUUUCGAAGCGACUCUCGACCUCGAUCAGGUCCUUUCCCCUCGCACAGCAGCAGGUUCGGUGGCAGCAGGGUGCCGGAAUGCCCAUGACGUCGACGUCGUCAACCUUGGACAAAUCGACGUUUUUGCUGACAUAGGACGACCCGAAGCAAAAGAGUCGAAACGGGCCGCACCGGACGGGUUGCACCUUUUUCAUUUUCAAGUGGUUGGCCGUCAAUUUGUCUGAGGAGCAACGAGAACGAAGCGAAACAAAACGAAACCGGAUUAGUACCGAGCGCAGGGCAGCAGUCGUUUUUGCUCCGGCCUGGGAUUGAUUCCUUUUCUGGACCUAUUUAUGGCGCUAGCUCGGUGUUCUUCGACUCCGCCCUACGCGGUGCUCUACUCACACGUGCUGGGAUCGACUGGACAGCACCCAUUGCAGGUGAAACAUUUCCUGUCGCAAUCCGAAAAGAAUAUUCGCUCCUCGCCUUCCCAGAGAGCCUCGAUCCGUUUGUUGUAGCGUUCCCUCCGCGCCAGAUCCUUGAGGUAGUGCCUGAACAUGAGGCGAUCCCCCACCACGCCGACACCCAUUUCCUUGAGGUCGCUGUCGCUCAAGAGUGGGGCCAGCCGCCCCGUGAUCUUGUGCGUCUGAAUGUCUUCGAAGUAGGCGCCGAGGCCCCGCUUCCGGAAAUACAGGCCGAGCUGGUGCGAGUCCCAGGUGUGGUAGUCGGUCAGGGGGUCGUGGUUCCCGCUCCCAUCGGGCAUGGCCCGAUAGCGACCAAGAUUGGUUCCCGGUUUCGUCAUCGUUUCGGGCGUCGCGUUUGCUCCGUAUUGCCGUUGCCCAUUGCCAAUGGCGGCAUGCUUCGUGGAGGCGGUGCAGAGAACACAACAAAAACGACCACAACAAGUUUAUCGCCGAUUCUUCGAUCCGUUUGAUCCAGUCGUACUUCACCGACCAAUGCAAUUGACUCAAUCGAACAAAAACCAGGGGCUUGC